UCUACCGCUGCGGAAAUUUUCCAAAUAAAUGUAAAUAAUACACAAAUGAGUGGAAAAAAGAGGCGAGAACACAUUGUUUGUUACAAAUUUUCCAGUUUAUGAAAAUGUGUGUAAUGCGCAAUGAAUACGAAUGAACAUAGUUUAAUGAACGUACAUAGCUGUCUUGGUCAUCUACAAUAACAUCGAUUCAAAAUGAAAGGACCUACAUUUACUUUUAAAUUAUAAAUGAAAUUCGCGUGAAAAAUAAACAAUGAAUUUGUGAAAUUUAAAUUAAAGUGUAUUCAGUCAGAAAAAGGUUGUUAAACUUUGUAUUAUUCUGCGCGGAGUAAUUGCAUUCAAUACACACGUUAGUGCGUUCAUCCGAUUACAUUUUAUAAAUAUUAGAAUAAAGUUCUGAGCAUAAAAUAUAUGUGAAUGGUUUUGCGUUUAAUUGCAUUUAUAUUAAUAGCGCAAGGAACGGGCGUUCGCGUAUAUUGUGUUUGGUUAACGACGCGGGUGUGCACGGUGUAGUUGUGCCGUCAAAACGAUAUAUAUAUAGCCAUACGAAUUAUAAAGUUAUUAAGCAUCUCGACCAUAAAUACUACGUCAUCAUAUUGAUGCAAACGAUAUUCAAGAGCAAUGAGAAUAAAAGCGACACAAUUGAUUUAAUUUAAGAUUGCUUGCCGUAUUGUUCGGGUCUUGGAUGCAAAUGAAAAUUAUUUGAGACGAAAGUUGUUGUUUUCUUUUCAAAACGAAAACAGAUGUCGAGACACUGAAAACAAAACAAAACAAUCAACAGUCAUUCUUUCUCAAGCAUACAUCGCUGUAUGUAUUGCAUUGAACCGAGAAUUUCCUUACAACUCCAACGAGUGCUGUGCAGUAUAUAAGUGCUAUUUUGUGUCUUUUAUUUUGACUCUGUCUGUGUAUCUGUGAACAAUCUAGACGGUUCGGUACCGUGUAAUUUGUUUUGUGCGUUCAGUCAGUGAUUGAUAUCCAAGUGAAAUACUCAUUCGUUAACGGGAUUGAUUUCAAGUGCUAAAUGGUCAACAAUUUACGUUUCACAUUAUUUUCCGUCACUAAAACAAAAUAUUUGCCGAAUAAACACAUUGUGCGAAGUUACCAAAAUAAUAAUUACCAUAGUUUUGUAGCGUAGAAAAAACAUUGGCCAAAAUAAUCGAUCAUUAGCCCGAAAACAUACGAACUACAUUUUGUUUACGCAUGCAAAUACGCCGAAUUCGAUGUGUAUCAAACCAAGCUAAAUAUCGUAGACAACGAGCAGACUAAUUACCCGGUUUUUUUUCGGCGAAAAAUGUGAAUGUUCGAAUAAUCAGAUUUGUAUGAUUCAGUGUGUUUGUAAUAAUCUUCUCAUAAGUCAAUUUUUCGGUUCACAUACUCCAUCUAAUUUUGGUCAAUCUACAGUCUACUUGUUACAGUGUUGAAACAAAAUGUUAUAUAUGAUUUUGUGACCAUAACAAUGUUAGUUAUUCACUUCGAUUGAAUGUUCUGGUUCAGAGUGUACCAAAUUGAAUAUCGCAGCGGAGAUCAUCUUGUUAAAACCUUAUCUUAUUAAAUAUCAUUUUUGGGUUGUGAAGAAUGUGUGGUUGACAAAAAUAGGAAACCUAGUGACAAAUUUAAUAAUAUUGCAAAACAUUCAGUUUGAUUUUAUGUUACAAUGACGUGAACAACAACGAAAAAAAAACGAAAACGGAAAACAAAUAGAUGGAUUGAUCUGUGGAAAGACAGUGCGCAAAUUUCUGAACUAUAAAGUUGGAUGAAUAAAACGAUUAUCAAAAAAAGCAAUAAACAAAGAGUCGUUUUACGACAGGACCAUUAAUCGAAGGAGAAAAUUCUGAGAAACAAAGUACAGAACAUUUCUGUUUCAAUCCAUAUGGAGUUUUAUCGUGAGAAUAUGGCAUCGACAACAUACUUUGAAAUUUUCGUGAUAUGUUUAAUACUGUUGCUGCCAUUUCUGUAUGAAACCAGCCAUGUAUUUCGAUAUUACUUUAAAUUCGCCGUAUACUAUUCAAUUGUAUCGAUUAAUUCGAUUAUUCUGAUACCGCCAAUGCUGUUUCGUCCCUGUGAUGUCAAAAAUUUAUUAUUGGCUAGUUCGUUUUGUCAUCACAUAUCAACUGUGUUGGGUUUGAAAUGGGAGCUGCGGGGAAAGGAACACUUGGAAAAGGAUCAAGCAUGUAUCAUUGUGGCAAAUCAUCAAAGUUCGCUCGAUAUAUUGGGAAUGUUUGAUAUCUGGCCCGUGAUGUCGAAGUGUACGGUAGUUGCAAAACGUGAACUAUUUUUUGCGUGGCCCUUUGGACUGGCAGCGUGGCUGUGCGGAUUGAUAUUCAUCGAUCGCAUGCAAUCAGAUCGAGCACGUGAUCAUCUAAACAAAGCAUCGACAAACAUAAAAAAUAAAAAGAUUAAACUUUGGAUAUUUGCAGAGGGUACACGUCGAAAUACCGGCGAAUUGCAUCCAUUCAAAAAGGGCGCAUUCCACGUAGCCAUAAAUGCACAAAUACCAAUUUUACCAGUGGUCUUUAGUUCAUAUCGAACAUUUUUGGAUGAUAAAAAUAAGCAUUUGAACAGCGGACACAUUAUAAUAAGUGCAUUACCACCGAUUCCAACCGCCGGUCUGACCAAAUUCGAUUUAGAUCAAUUGAUUGCACGCACUUACGAUACAAUGAACGAAGAAUAUCAGGCGAUAUCGAGAGAAGUAAUCGAAGAACUUGAAUUAUCCGAACGGUCGACGCGGAAAUCAUCAUUUGUAACAAGAGCUUUAAAUAUGGCCGCAACGUUUACCGGUAAUAUGCAAAAUGACAGUCGACAUUGUAUUAUCGACGAUGACAAAAGCAAUAAUUUCAUUAUACAAAACCAUAGAACACAGCCACCUACGGCAAAUUAGAUUUACACAUUUUUAAAUCCGAUUUUAUUUCAAUAGAUUUGGUCUAUGAUGACGAUGUCUAUGACUGUCAUUUGGUAUGGGGAUGAAGAAACUAAUAAUUGGGAAAUGAGUUUUUGAUAUUUAUUGUAUAUAAAAAUUUAAAAGUAUUCCACACACACACCUUGAAAUUUUGGCAAAUGGAAAUUCGAUUGCACUGAUGACUUUUUUUGCACAUAUUUUUUUUUAAUCUCAUCACUUAAUAUCAUUUUUCGAGCUUCAAGUUGUACGAGACAUUUCGUGACCAAAGAUAAAAAAUGGCUCAAAUAUUUAUGACCGAUUCUUGAAUGAAUUUGAUACUCUUAGAACUAAGACAACAAACUAUCUAUCCAUACUGAAGAAAUUGACAAAUACAUACUGAAAAAAGUAAAUAAAUUUCUCUCGGUUUUUGGGCAGAAGUUCAACAAAAUUCGGUAUUAUUCCACAUUUUUCCUUUACCAAAUGCUUAGAAUAUAAAGUAAGUGACUUUUUUUUAAUGUUAAUUAACAGCUUAAUUUUCUGUACGUGAAUAAAUAUAUAUUCGUUAUUUUACAUAAAACUUAUGGAUAAAUGUAUGGCACUGUUAAUCAUAAUGGAUUUGAGCAAUUGCAUUUUUGAUUAAUGACGAAGAAUUACCAAUUAUUUGACAAUUUUGGAAAAUCACAGAGAUAAAAUCGGUCGCAAAAAUGCCUUUACUCAAAUUCGAUAUGAAUAUUGUUUGUUUAAUAAUUCACACCAAAUCAAAAAUCAAUGAAUUUAUUGUCAACCACACCAAAUAAUUCGACGUAAAAACAGUAUAGUUACUUCUAGGUAUAAAGAAAAAAAAACAAUGAAUCUUAUCUAAAUUAUGAAAAAAUGAAAAAUCAACUUGCUAACUUAUUCCAUCACGAAAUAAAAAACGAUAAUAAUCUAUAUUUUCAAUUUUUUUCUCUAAUAUUCUUUUUUCCAAAAAUCUACUAUUGUUGAUAGAAAAAUAUUUUGAAAACCGAAUUUCAAAUAUUAUGGCAAUGAUAUUGACAUGCAUUGUUCGAAUAAAGUUUGUACUGAUCGAUGAAUUUUGAGUAUACUCAAACCAUGACAAUGAUAUUAAAAGAAAAGAAAAUGAUAAAAAGGUUGAAAAAAAGACACAAAAAUCGUUUUUUAUAUAAAUUAUUGUAAAUUUUUUUUACCAUAUUCGUUACACCCAAUUUUGCUUAUAUACAUAAAUUUUACCAAACAAAGAAUGAAUUGCUUUUUUGAAUCUUUUUUAAAUAUCGAAUUAGUAUCAUGAAGCGAAAAAAAUGAAAAAAAUUGUGAACGUGUCUUUUGCAAAAGAUUGUUAAGUGUAUAGAAAUGUAUCUUUAUCUAGAGGAAGUGACUUUCUCUGGGAGAAGAUGAAUAUACGCUUAACGAAUGAAAAAAAAAACAAUCUACCAAAUGAUUGUAUGUUAGCAGACUGGGGCCGCUGGCCUUCAACAUUCAAUUCGUUCAGACUACAUCAUUUUUUUAUCCGCAACUAAUGGUGAGGGAUCUCAUAUGAUAGGGCUGAAUUUUACUGAAAGUUUAUGGAAACAAUUUUAAUGUAAUAA